AAGGAAAGGUAGAAUCGCCCUUUGACCAAACCUGGCAUCUCUCGUGCCACCUGGCUGCGUUUUGGGGAUCGCUGUCGGGGGCACGUAAAGUCACACCAUGUUUUGGUGACCUUGACAAAGCCAUACCCCGCCAGUGCUGCUGGACUGCGGCCACCUCUGCGGUGGGAAGGGGGUACCGUAGGAAGGGGGUGCUGCCUGGGGUGGAGGUGGAAUUCUAGCAGAUACGGGAGCAAACCCCCAAUUUAUUAGUCACAGAAGUGGGGGGUUUCUUAACUUCCCCAGGCAGGGCUCAUGUCAUUCAGCGUCUCCUCUAGAACAAGUAUCAGAGGGGUAGCCAUGUUAGUCCGUAUCCCCAAAAACAACGAGGAGUCUGGUGGCACCUUAAAGUCUUUUAAGUGCUACUGGACUCCUCGUUGUUUUUCUCUAGAACAGCGUUCCUCGACUGUUUUGAUACCUGGGACUAGCGUGCUGCCUUCCUAAACUGUGUCAGGGAGAGCUCAGGGACCGUCAUUGAAAAACACUGCUCCAGGAGACCCACCUGGAGUAGAUGGUAUGUACAGGUGCCUUGGAAGGAAUAUGGGACUUAAAUCUGUGACCUCAGGCUGACUGAGUGUUUCAGACCUGAGGGUCAGACCAGCAUGAGAGAAUCCUAGAAAUGUAGCACUGGAAGGCAUCUCCAGAGGUCAUCUAGUCUAGUCCAUCCCCCCUGUGCUGAGGCUGGACCAAGAAAAUGGAGACAGUCCCUGACAGGUGUGAUCCUAUCCUGCUUGUCACCUUUGACUUUUGUCUGACCCAGUUUGAGAUGCCUCACUUACCUUUCCUCUACCUCUAGGGUUGGCUUGAAAUAAACUAUAUUACAAAGAAAGCAUUUUGGUUUGAGGGUGUGACGGAGCAGGGAGCAGGGCAGAUUUGACCUGGGAAUGUUGCAGGGGGGUUGCAGUGGGGAUGUGGGACUUCCCUUGAAGGAAGCUACCUGAGCUGUAACCUGAGCCAGGAACGGGGGUGGGGAGAAUUAACACCUUCUGCCCGGGAGACUGGACAAAGGAGAGGAGCAGCGGGAGGGGCUUGGAGUUUUAGUUUCGGUUGGGGCUGGGUGGUGCAACGCAGGGAACCCCAAGCUGGGGUCUAAGCUCCCUGAACCUCCCAGAGGGACCUAAUUGAGGGGGUCUGGUCGUACCUACACGCUCUGCUUGAGACGGUGUUCCUGUCCUUAAAUAAACCUUCUGCUUUACUGGCUGGUUGAGAGUCGCAGUGAAUCUCGGGAAGAGGGGUGCAGGGCCCUAACUCCCCCACACUCCGCAACAGAGGGCUACCCACGGAGUAUCCUGUGUGCUUUAGCCAGCAUGUGGGAAAGACAGACAUUGGCUUUCUUGCAUUCCCAAUAGCCUCAAUUUCUCUCCGUCACUCUGCUGGUGGACAUCUGUGCCCAUUGGGUUCCUGAGACUCCAUUUGAAAUGGCUUCUGAGUUGUCAGUUCUUGGGACUCAGACCUGGAUUCUAUUCAUGCCUCUGCUAUUGAGCGGCUGGGUGACCUUGGGCAAGUCACUUUGCUUAUCCAUGCCUUGGUUUCCCCUCCCACUCUGUGUCCUGUCUAUAUAGAUGGUUCACUGUAUGUGUGUGCACCCCCUUGCCCAAUGGGGUUCCAGUCUCUGCUGGGGCCUCUGCAGGCUAUGGGCAUACAAAUAACUGCUGCAAACUGGGACCUGGAAGCACAGACUCUGCUGUUCGAAAUCCAUUUCAAGGCUGGUGCAAAGGGAGUUCUAGAAUUGUUUGUUGAAAAGAACACUUGUUUAACAGCUGGUGUAACAGUCAAAACACCUGUUCAACACCAUGUCUGUUCGGUGGCGGGGGCGGAACCUAACUUGUCUCAAAUUCUAAUAGCAAAUCCAAUUCUUUAAUUGCCACUUAAUAGGUAGCACCCCAAGGAAAGGGUCAGAUGGUGAAACAGGGACAACGUAUUUCCAAAAACUGACCUUUUUAUUUGUGGUGUCUGUUCUGACUUACUAAAUAUUUAGCUCCUGGAGUUACAGCCAGUUGGUGGAGUCUGCCUUCAACUUGGCACCUUUCACCUCUACCCAGCCCCUGGAAUGUGUGGUUUCCCUCCCCUACCCCAGUCAGACAGCAGCCACCCAAAAGCAAUGGCUAUUUCUGACUGGCCUCCCUUUCUAAAAUAAGGGCGAGUAUCCUUCCUUGCUGUGGCAUUCCACAUAGCGCCCAUCAGGGACUCCUGGCAUUUGGGCAGAUUUGCCAGCUAAUCUGGUAGGAAUCUCCUUAGUAAAGUGUUCUUUAGCAGCCACUCAUUAUGUAGCAUUACCCCAUAAUCUUCCUGGCUAGCGAAAGCCCUACAUGCUUGUCUGUGUGUGGCAGGAUGUCCCAGACGAGUCAGUUAAUUUCCCAUCUGGUAAGUGAUCUCGUGUCACAGACUGCACAAGCUGGGUCACGUGCCAGCUUCCUGUCAGGGCUCCAAAGGCCACAGGUUAGGGCUUCGGUGUGCUAGGGAUGCACCCACAUGCUGGAGGUGGAGCGGGGGGAGCUUGGGGAGCUGCUAAAACACAAACUGUUGGGCUACUCACUAUGGUAGGCGUUGGAAAGGGCAGCUGGGACCUUGUCUGUACUGGGGAUUUUAACCACCAGUGUAGCUCCGCCAGGGCAAACUCCCAGUGGAGACAUGCUAUGCUGGGGGUGGGGGGGUGCUGGUGCAGCUACAUCCGUGGCUGUGAACCCCGUGUAGGAGACAGUAGGGUGGAUUUGAUUUAAACCACGAUUUAAAUCACUGGUCAGGAAGACUCGAUUUAAUCAUGGAUUUCUACGUAAGAGUGCAUUCUUGUUGGUUGUUACCAACCUGAAGAUCCUGCAUGUUCAGACAUGUUCCUUUCAUCAUCUUCAACGCAGCUUCUUCCUGAGAAGGAACACUUCUCAUGAUGUUGUUUCAUUCGGGCAACCAGGCCUUGCAUUACUUUGUUGCGCUGUAUGCAUUUUGUACGCAUGCUUGUCUUACCCACAGGUAGAGGAACUUCAUUAAAAUAUUUUCAAACUGGGUCUCUUUUACGGCUGCUGCCAUUAUAGGUUUUCCCUAUAAUGGUAUGGUAGAUCUCAAAUCAAUGAAGGGUACAUUCGGAAAGACCUCAACACGUCUGGAAUAUGCUGUUCAAACAGUUUCACUUUUGUUUCUACUGCCUGUCCCUCCCUUCUCCAGACUUCUUCUCCUUGUCCAGAUCUAUUCCGCCUCCAACAAACUUCUAUUCAUUGAACUUUUUGAAACUUUGCACUUUUAGAGAGAGAUAAGGGAUUGACUCUGUGUAUACAAAUUUGCAGAGGGACAAUAGGGUUGAGGUCUGUUAUUUCUCACCUCUAUAUAUUUAUUUAAAAAUACUUUUGCUGUAAACAAACAUGUUAUCUUUGGAGACACAAAUCCACAGUUUGAGAACUGCAAAACUAAGCAUCUCUGAUGGUAUCUUCUAGACCGAGCACAGAGUCCCGUUGGGUAGAUAGAAAGAUUAACCUAAAUAAUCUAUACAGAAGCCCCUGGAACCUCAAAAGAUUGGGUUCCUAAUGCAUGAGCUAUUGGAACUUGUUUAAGAAAAGUUUCGUAAAUAUUACAUGAAUAUAUUGUCUCAUACUAUCGAAUUAGAGUUUAUAAUCCCUAUUCCAUGAUGUGAUAUCUUUGAGCUAUAAUGUAUCUUAAUGAACACUAUUUUUAGAUAGUUUUUUUUUCUCAAAAAGCAUUUUAUCAAAAAAAUCCGAUUUAAAUUAAAAAAAAAAUCCGAUUUUUUUAAAUUAUUAUUUUUUUAAAAUCAUUGAUUUUUAUCCACCCUGGGAGACAGUAAUGGUGACCCAGGGAAGAACUUGUGCACCCCUCCACCCAAGACGCGGGGCAUGGAGCUGCAGUUUCCUGAGCAGUGGGGGAAGCUUCUUGACUACUGCCACUUGGCCUGGUUUUGCUCUCCUGCUCCCAGCCUUGUGACUGUUGCGUGUUAAUAUGUAACCCGGACACUGUGGGCUGGGGACCCUGCAAGGACAGACAGCAGAGGGCUGGUAGCUCUGAGUUUGCCCUUAAGGCGAGGGAGGCUGUAGUGUUUGCAGAAUACUAUGCCCAGAGACGGUGGGGAUAGAGGAGAGAGUCACCUCCCUGAAGAGCCAUUGCUGGUGGAUUUGGGCCUUCUCUGUUAAUGACCUGCCUCAUUGUGCAUCACAGCUGGGGUUGACUCUGAGUGGGGAGUGCUGGGCCCGGCUGUAUAGGGUAUCGCUUGCCCCUAGUGGGAGGUAGCCUGUGCAGUGACUUCCUAAAGUGGUGCUGGGGGACGGCUUUACUGUGGCCUCCCCAUCUCUCUGCCAUAGGUGAUGUGGUGGCAAUCAGAUCCAGAGCACAGGCAUGCAUGGACUGGCUGGUCUGCAGCCCUAGAUAGGAUGCAGGAGUAAACCUGUUUAAAUAGGGCUGUGGCUAACCUGUGUAAUGUGUUUUUUCUUGCCAGUGUGGGCCACCUCCUGGCCUCCACUUCUACCAAGGCUAAAGCCAGGUUCUCAGACGUGGUUGUGUGGGGCCAGCGUAGGAGAGCAAAGCUGGGGUACAGCCUGUAUUUAUAUUUGGUUACCUGGGUGUAGGCAAGGGGCCCUCUCUGGCUGGGAGCUAGAAGAGACUGGUAGCCAAGUUUUCAGAGCUAAGCAUAUCUGCCCUGGUGGGCUGGCAUGGAGAAGCCAGUGCAUUCUGGCUGGGCUAGCAAAAUGGGGUGCAUGCAAUGGGCUGAGUCUAGCAAAGCGGUUUGGGCUGGGGCUCAUACGCCCUUAUGCUAGCGGACAGAGCUCUGGACUAUGACUCGGGAGACUUUGGCUCUGUUCUCAGCUCUGCCACUGGCCUGUUGGAUGACCUUGGGCAAAUCGCUUCAGCUCCCUGUGCCUCAGUUUCCCCAUCUAUAAAAUUGGGGGGUGGGGUCAAUGUUACCGACCUGGUUUGUUAAAGUACUGGGAGAUCUACAGAUGAAUGGCUGGUACCUGCCCAAUAAGACAGCAUUGGCAGUGUACUGCAGAGCAGACUCCCCAUUGCCCGUUACACCUGGAAUCCUGAUCAUCCUGACGCAUCCUAACAAUCCGCGUUUAUGGCACUCUACAUCUUCGGAGUCCCAUGGUAACCCAGCACGCUUCCAGCCCUUCAGUUGCUAUCUCUGGCUCUCCUGAUAGAAGAGUGAGGCUAAGUUCAACCACCCCACCCUGCAGCUCCAGUGCCAUCUGGGUGAAGCAGCAGAGGCCAGAUGUGCCUGAGGAAUUCCCCAAGAGGAGCUGUGGUGGGCCGCACAGGUGGGAUGGGGUGUCCAUGCAGCUGCCUCUCAGCUGUCAGGCUGACCGGGGGGGCUGCAUGUGCCUGGACUCGCAGAGGUACCUGCUGAUCUUAUGGGGGAAUCUCUGGCCUUCGUGUUGGCUCGGAAGAAGGUGCAGGGGAUUCGGUUGGUGGUGGCGGGAAUGCGAUGCAGCGGGGGCUGGGUUCCGGAUGACAUCUAUGUGUUUUUUUUUUUUUUUAAAUAAAUUUCAUCUGAAUGAGACACAUGAGAAUAACUGGGAGAAGUGCAGCUACUGCUGGGGUGGGGGGCUGGCUAGUGCUGUUCUGUCAGGCUGAUUCAUGCUGCCCACACGGCUCUGCAGCCUCGCUCAGACUCUACCAUUGCUCGCUGCUGCCGCUUUACAGAAGCCUUCCAUCUCUCCCUGUGCCCUGCUCCCCUGUGUCCCUCUCCACUUCAGCACUUCUGCUAGCAGGGUCAGGUUCCUGAGGGCCAUGCCCUGCCCCAUGGGCCGGCUCUAGCAAUGUCCCUCCCCUCCCCCCAGUGUGUUGGAACCUGUUGGUAACCAGUUCCGGUGAGGAAGUGCAGCCUGAUGCCAUCCUCUGAUUUAGCAGCAGCCUGUUGGACUGGCUUGGCUUGUGUAACCAGGAGCCGGUGUGGCAGCCCAGGCACGUUAACUAGCCAUGCUCCAGGUGUGUGCUCACAGGUGCUGUCAGACUGGUAGCAGGGAGGGGAAUGCAGUCCAGAGGGAUGAUGCUAUGGAUGAGACUAAUACGCCCUAGAGUUUGAAGGCUGGAGCAGGAAGUGUGUCAGGGAAAUAGGACCUGAAAUCAGACUCCCCAUUAAAGGGUGCUUGGAGGGGGGCAGGACAUGACCCAGGUUGAAGGGUGGCAGAGGUAGCACCAUGCUACAGAACAACCUGCCACUAGCUCAGAAAAGGUCUUAAAUCCUGAACACACUGCAGCCUGACACGCUGGAUUUACCUGAGCUUUCCUUUCGCUUGGUGCUUUGGCUCCACUGCCGUGAUUUGUCUGUGAAAUGGGGUCACCUUGGGAGGGCUGGUGCACGUGGGCCAGGUGAGCGUGGGCAGGAUGUGGCGUAUCCUGACCUGUCAGUGCUAAUAGCUGUUCCCCGUUGGGAAGUGGGUGUAGCCGUCGGGAUCGCCUGCAGGCUCUGCAGAAGUUGUGCCGCUCUGGCUAAUUACUGGCUUGGCUGGUAUCUGUCAUGGGGUUCAGGCGCUCUGCCUGCCUGGAAUGCUUGGGAGGGUGGCCCUGUGUCACAGGGAGCUGGCCUGGAUACAGGCUCUACUUUCCCUCCCAGUACCACCACCGAGUCCUUCCCACUGCAUCUUUCUUGCUGCCAGUCAGCUGCCGUCCUGUCUCCUCUCACUGCAGCUCCAGAGGGAGAGGAGCAGCGUUCCCUGGGCAGAGGCACCGGGGCAGCAUGGUGCUGGAGGCCGUGAAGGCAAAGCUGCGGAGCAGAGCCAGGCAAUGCUGCUUCUCUCUGCUGGCCCUGCUCUACGUGUGGUGGCCAGCCUUUCUCACCCCCUCUCUCUGUUACAGGCUAGUGUUUGGGAUGCUCUAUCCGGCCUAUGCCUCCUACAAGGCAGUGAAAACCAAGAACAUCCGGGAAUACGUCCGCUGGAUGAUGUACUGGAUUGUGUUUGCGCUUUUCAUGGCUAUGGAGACUCUCACGGAUAUGUUCGUUUCCUGGUUUCCCUUCUACUAUGAGAUCAAGAUGGCAUUUGUCGUGUGGCUGCUUUCCCCCUACACCAAGGGAGCCAGCCUGCUCUACCGGAAAUUCGUGCACCCCACGCUGUCCCGCAGAGAGAAGGAAAUCGACCUGUACAUCACCCAGGCCAAGGAGCGCGGCUACGAGACCAUGGUGAACUUCGGCAAGAAGAGCCUCAACAUCGCAGCCACAGCUGCCGUCCAAGCUGCGGCCAAGAGCCAGGGAGCCCUGGCCGGGCGUCUGCGCAGCUUCAGCAUGCAGGACCUGCGUGCCAUCCCUGAUGAUGCCCCCGUGCACUACGAAGACCCCUUGUACCUGGAGGAGCAGGAGAUGAGGAGGCGGCCGAUAGGUUACAGAACUGCCUCGGCUGGCCGGCAGCCUGGGCGCGAGAGUGACACGGAGGAAGAGGAAUGCUGGUCGGACUCCCAGAUCUCUCCCAAGGCUCUGCCCCGCAGCCGGGACUUAGCGCUGUCCAAAACAAUCUCCAGGAGCCAGAGCCUGCGCAUCGUGAAGAAGAGACCCCAAGUCAAAGAGGGCUCUUCCAGGCUGAUGCGGGGCCGGGCAAGGAAGAAGACGGUGCAGCCGGAUCAGGACAGUUAGUCAGCCCGCGAGAACUGGGCUUCACUGGGAAUCUUAACCUGACAUGAUUUGGCUGCCACACCGCAGCGGUAUCUUUCUCCCUGGGGCCAUGUGCCACUUCCUGCUACAUGCCUGGCAGAGGAGAUUGCUGUUUCUAAUGGGGCAGGAGGUCCCCAUACACCCCACUGUAAAUAUCUUGUCCCUCCCCUGUCCUGAUAGGUCCCUGUACCUUCCUGUCAACAUCCUGCUGCUCUCUCUGCCCCAGGAGCUGCCUCUACGCACAAUGGUCCCCAUCCCUCUUGGUGUAAAUAGCCCAGCACCAGGCCUGUUGCACUCUGCAUGUGGGCUUCACUCUUGACUCCCCUGCUGUUCUGCUGGGCCCCAGCAUGGCUCCUCCAUAGCUGGGUUAGUGGCACUUUAGACCAUGGAGCUAUUCUCCUGAGCUACUUCACGUGCCCUGUCACUGUCCCAAGGGAAUGGCCCCCCUGUGUCUCCAUCGAUCUGCUGCAGGUCAGCUCCAGUGACUCUGACCCCUCCUGCUCCCAUCCUCCCUCUGACCCACUUAGUUCUGCCCACCCAGGGCUGUCUCUUACAUCCCUGCCACUAGUCUCGUAGGGCGACGGCUCUUGUUUCACUCUGGUUUCUCUGCUGUCUGCCACUGCCCAGCUUGGGAGUGCUCUGCACUGCCUGGUGUGCCUGAGCACCCUGGGCGGGUGCAAUGAACUGCUUUCUCUCCUGCUUGUGGGUCAGGAGCUGUGGUGAGUAGCAGACUGGACCAGGCCCAGGAGGGUCACAGGCACACUGUGUCCCGGGCGUUACAUCCUCCCGCUCUUCAGUCUCUAAUGCACAGGUUUGGGGGGAUAUUUAUUUGUAGUGUAACUAGCAGUUGCCUUAUGGAAUCUGAGACCCUCUCCGGUCCCUCUAUUCCUGGGGGUCCAGCACAGCACGUUUGUGGCUGAAAUGACUGACGCUUUAAGCCAAGCAGAGCGCUUCUGUGAGCGGUCAACUCUCCAGAGAUCUGUCGUGGAUCAUUUGAUCCACCUCUGAAUGGAACGUACACAUCAGCACAGAGGCUCCCUUAGUUACUGUCUUGGUGAUCUCUUCUAAACAUCCCAGCCUUAUCGAAAGGCAGAGGUGCGAUGCGGUGAGAACUUCCCCUGCCGUCUAAGUUACACGAAACCAAAGACCUCAAAUGCCAAAAAUCCAUGCGCUCCUUUGCCUUUAGACCCAGAACACAGUGCUGGGAGCUGGUCACCUCUCUGCCCCAUGUGGAUUUCUGUACCACCCCCAUCUCCCCUGACAGCACCUCAAGGAUCAGACCCUCCACAGUCUUGCCUCAAAUCCUUGUUACUUGAAAACAGACUGACUGAUUGCUCUCUAGCCCCACUUCUGUGUCCUUCACUCUCAGCUGUUUUUUAUGUGAGACCCUCAUGUAUAGAGCUUUUGUAUAUUUAAAUACAUGAACUUGUGAAAUGA